AUGGGUGGUAAUAAACAACAUCAUCAAGCAUGUAUUCAAUGUGCAGGUGUCAGAUUUUCAAAAGAUGAAUUUGGAUUUUUAGAAUGUGAUAAUUGUCAUACACGUGUUGAAGGUUAUUUUACACAAGAAGUUGAAGAAUUUGAAAAUGGUGGUGGAUAUAAAACUGGUUCAUAUAAAAGAGUUUGGACACAAGAGGUUUUAGAUGCAAUGAAUCAAAAAAAGUUAAGACAAAAAGAUAAUCGUUAUUACAUUUUACAAAAUUUAUUAAAAAUUCAAGUCACCUCAUUAAUUAAAGACCAUGGUUACAAUGAGCAAUUAUAUCAAGUUACUGGUGAAUUAUGGUUUAAAUUAUUAGAUAAAUUCAGUCAAGAUUUUGAGGGUUCAUCAUCAACUACAUCAUCAUCAUCAUCGACUACAUCAACAUUUGGUAUUAUAAAUUAUCCACCACCAUUUAUAACAUUAUCAAUUUGCUAUUUAGCAUGUGUUUAUUUAAGAGAGCCAGUUAUAAUUAGUGAUUUCAUAUCGUUGGCGCAAAGUGGUAAGAUUGCAUCAUUCACUAAUGAGACGACGUGGAGUUUUUCAUGGUCAAAUUCAAAUUCAACAUUUAUCAAUUUUGCCAGAAUUUCAGAUGACAUUUGUAAAUAUUUAAACUUUUUACCAAGUUCAAAUAUACCAUUAUUGUUACUUCGAUUUUGUACAGAAUUAAAAUUACCAAAAUCAAUACUAAAUCUAUCGAAUCAAUUAUACAAUUUGAUUUUAAUACCAUUCAAAUUGUUUAGAAAGAAAUCACCAAAUUCAACCUUAUCAAAAAUUUAUGAAAAUAUUUUAUUACCUUCAAAUUCUGAUUUAUUAUGUGUUUCAAUUAUAAUGUUAAUUUUAAAAUCAAAAUUUAAUUUAUUUGAUCGUCAAUAUAAUUUUAAUAAUAGUUCUGGUUCAAAUUAUAAUAAUAAUAAUAAUACUUUAAAUGAUAAUAAUAAUAAUAAUAAUAAUAAUAAUGAAAUUAAUAAUGAAUAUGAUAUUAAUAAUAUUGAUAAAAAUUAUAAUAAAGAAAAUUCAAUUGAAAGAUUAGAAUUUUUAAAAAAAUUAAUAAAUAAUAAUAAUUUUAAUAGUGAAAAUAGUGAAAAUAGUGGUAUUAGUGAAGAAAGAAUUAAAGAGGAGGUUGAAAAGAUGGAGCUUGAGAAUUGGUUAUAUGGUGUUAUUUAUAAUUUACCAAAGAAUGAAUUUUUAUCAAAACAAGAUACAUGGAGUUUAAAUAUUCAAGAUUUUAAAGGUAUACCUAAAUUAAAACCUUCUUCAAUUAGAAGAUUAAUCACUGACCAAAUUCAUUCAAAAUAUGAUAGUUUGAGUGAUAAAUAUCAAAAUUUAAAUAAUAAUAAUAAUAAUAAUAAUAAUAAUAAUAAUAAUAAUAAUAAUAAUAAUAAUAUUGGUAAUGCUAUUAAUAAUAUAAUUAAGGAUGAUGAAGGAACUUUAAAUGAAAAAAUAAUAUUAAAAGUUAAAAAAUCGACAACAAAGGUUUCAACACCUUCAAAAUCUAAAAAAUCAUCAUUAUCAUCAUCAUCAUCAUCAUCAUCAUCAUCUGCUGACCCAACAAUUUUAUUACCAAAAGUUAGAAAUAUUAGAAAUGCUAAAUCAAUUAAUAGGAGUGUAAAUGGAUUGGAUUAUUAUUUUUGGGUCGAACAAAUUUAUUUCCACCAAGUCAAAAAUCUGUCUUCUCCAAAGGAACAGGAAAAAGAAUUGGAUAAUAAUAAUAAUAUUAAUAAUAAUAAUAAUGGUGAACAGAAAUUUAAAUUAAAUGAAAGAAUACCGAUAAAUAAAAUAUUCAGAUAA